AGUUCUAUGGGUAGCUGUGCAUUACUCUUUUUAUUCAUGUGAUAGGCAAGAGAAGCCUGUGAUGUGAUAGCAGUAGCAUGUGCCUCAGCUGCGCGUUUGAAAGCUGCCUUCAGUAGAAAGUUAACAGCUAAUUUCUCUAGUGUAUCCAUUUUUUGGUUGGUCUGCUUGUGCUGUGCCUUUGUAUUGUCAAUGCAGGCAUUUCUUGGAAGUAGAGCAGGAAUAUGAAAGGAUUGUGGAGUCAAGAUCAAUGGAUAUCUUCACGUAUAGCUUAAAGUUUUGGUUCUUCUUUGGAAAAAAAUCCCACUAACAUCGGUGACAAUUUUGCCUGGGAGAGGAUGAUGCAGUAAGAUCGUUAGAUCUUCAGAUGGAAAGUUUCUCUCAUGACCUCGAGCACAGAGACCCUUUGCUGAUGUCUCAUGUAGCCAACUUGUAACUGUUCAGGUGCAGAGGUCAGUGCUCACAUAAAAUAAAACAAGCUUCACCUUGUGUUUCCAGCUACGAGCAGCACUGAAUCAGAUAUACUCAUGAGACAUAGACUUCCAGGAUUGCGGGACAUAUUGCAGCUGGUUUGAUCCUGACCGAACGCACUUUCCUGCAUCUGUUGCAUGGUUUUGGUGAUACUGGGUCUGUCGGCAGCAGUCUACAAUCCUAGGAGUAUUGGCUGGAGAACAUGGGAUCUGGUACUUCUGUAAAUGCCAACUUCAAGUACUCCCUGCAGAAAUCUGAAAACGCUUUCAAGGCAGCCGUCUUGAUCCAAAGGUGGUAUCGGCGCUACGUUGCUCGGCUGGAAAUGCGCCGGCGGUGCACCUGGCGAAUAUUCCAAUCCAUUGAGUAUGCCUGCGAGCAGGAUCAGAUCAAGCUUCACAACUUCUUCAGUUACCUCAUGGACCGCUUCACACCAAGCAGCAGUAAAGAGCGAGAUUUCAUCAGUCGCAUGCUCAUAAGUGGGGAAAGUGUCAAAGAAGCAGAACUGGAAAAGUACUGUGACUAUGAGUCCAUGGAGGUGCCAGACUCCUACGUUGGACCCCGUCUCUCCUUCCCACUCCUUCCUGACCAUGCAACUGCCUUAUUGGAAGCUUUCAAACAGAAGCAACAGCUUCAUGCUCGCUAUGUCUUAAACCUCCUGCAUGAGACCAGGAAACACCUCAAGCAGUUGCCAAACAUCAGUCACGUCUCCACCUGCUACAGCGAGGAGGUCACCGUGUGUGGAGACUUGCAUGGCCAGCUGGAUGACUUGUUCCUCAUAUUUUAUAAGAAUGGCCUUCCUUCCCCUUCUAAGACCUACGUGUUCAAUGGAGACUUCGUAGACAGAGGCAAACAGUCCCUGGAGAUCCUCAUUGUCCUCUUUACCUUCCUCUUGGUCUAUCCCAAUGAGGUUCAUCUCAACCGAGGAAACCAUGAGGACCACAUGGUCAAUUUACGCUACGGUUUCACCAAGGAAGUCAUGCAGAAGUACAAGGUGCAUGGAAGGAAAAUCUUGAAGAUGAUACAGAAUGUCUUCUGCUGGCUACCCUUGGCCACCCUCAUUGAUGAGAAGGUCCUGAUUAUACACGGUGGCAUCUCUGAUACCACUGAUCUGGACAUGCUUGAGAAAAUUCAAAGGCACAAAUUUAUUUCUGUGUUGAGAGGGAAGAAGAGAAAGGAGUCGAAUAGAAACGUGGAAAUACAGGAAAUAAACGGGGAGGACAAAGCGCAGGCCUCCCCAGCAGAGCAAGAUGGAGCAGCCAGUGCGUGCCCGCAGUCCCGGGCAGCGCAGGCUCCCAGCAUGGCCAACAGGCUGGAGUUCUCCAGGUGGGUGCGGCAGACGGUGCAGGAGCAAAUCGAGCGGUGCCGCCGGCUCGUGGACGUGAGCGAGUCGGAGGAGGAGGAGCUCACCUAUUCCAGCCUUGUCUCCAUGACUGACCUGGAUGCACCGUGCUGGACUCGCCAAGAGGAGUGGAAGCAGAUCCUAGACAUUCUCUGGAGCGACCCUAUGCCUCAGGAGGGCUGCAGAGAGAAUACUGUGCGAGGUGGUGGCUGCUACUUCGGUCCUGACGUGACCGAGAAGAUCCUCAAGAAGUACAGCUUGCAGUUCCUUAUCCGUUCCCACGAGUGCAAGCAAGAGGGCUAUGAGUUCUGCCACAACCGGAAGGUUCUGACCAUCUUUUCAGCCUCAAACUAUUAUGAGAUUGGCAGCAACAGGGGAGCCUACGUGAAGCUGGGGCCGGACCUGGUCCCCCACUUUGUUCAGUACCAGGCGAACAAGACAGCCCACACUCUCACCAUGACUCAAAGAAUCAGCCGCGUGGAGGAGUCGGCUUUCCGAGCCCUGCGGGAGAAGCUCUUUGCUCACACGUCAGCCCUCAGCAGCGCAUUCAAGGCCUACGAUAAGGAGGGUACAGGGAGGAUCACACUGAGCACCUGGGCGACGGCGGUGGAGUCGGUCCUGCGCCUGGGCUUGCCCUGGCGGAUGCUGCGCCCGCAGCUGGUGCGCAGCGCGGCCGACGGCACCCUCGAGUACCAGUCCUGGCUCGAGGACCUGGCUAUGGAGCAGCGCAGCCGGGAGCACAUCCAGUCGGGCCUGCUGGAAGUCAUUUAUCGGAACAGAUCCAACUUGGAGACCAUAUUCAGGAUCAUAGACAGGGAUCACUCAGGCCUCAUCUCGUUUGAGGAAUUUCACCAGACCUGGAAGCUGUUCAGCUCCCACAUGAACAUUGAGCUCACGGACGAUGGCAUCAGUGACUUAGUGCGCAGCAUCGAUUUCAACAAGGAUGGCAACAUCGACUUCAACGAGUUCCUCGAAGCCUUCCGCCUCGUGAAGCAGUCGCAGUAGCGCCAGGAGGG